CCGAGUGACUCUCCUGGGACACACAUCAAGUGGCUGCUGCCCCAACCGUAGUGCCUGGGAAAGCGGCUGAUACAUGAGAUUAUUCCCUGAUAUCUACUAGACGCCAGCCCCAAUGACAGCAGAAUAAUUUCUGGACCCUGGAAAGGAAGAGUCAACAUUGGAUAAAGACUGACUUGUCCUUUAUGCAAUGAGCAGGGCACAGAGACCCCCACCAGGACAGCACACCCACUGCGUGAGAUGUUUCAGCAAGCAUUGCCGAGCCCCCAUCAACACUGGUGUCUCCUGUCUGGUGAUCAGCUGCCGCUUGCACUGUGGCGCAAGGUUCCACCUAUGCAAAGAAGAGGAACACCACCUGCUGUGCCCCCAUGAAUGGGUCCCCUGCCUCAACUCUAUGUUUGGCUGCCCCUUCUCCAUGUCUCGCAACAAGCAGGCAAAGCACCUGAGGGUUUGCCCGGCCAGUGUGGUCUGUUGCUCCAUGGAAUGGAAUCGCUGGCCCAUAAUUGACAAGGAUCAAGCACUUUAUAAGAAUAUUUGUAAAGAAGAAGACCGAGAGGAACGUCUGGAUGAGGCCUUAACUCUAAAGGAUCAAAGAGUUCUCUUUAGUUCCCUUAAAAUGUCCAAACUUUUCCCAGAGCUGUCCGAACACCCCAAAAACACAAUAAAAGAGGAAACACCUAAUGUGGACCUGGAUGCUGGAGCUGUAGGAGAGUUUGAUCUGGAAAAUGGUGGGAACUCAGUGAUGAGCGAUGAAGAUAUGGUUGAGCUCACCCAGAAUGAAGCUCCAGCUCAAGAACACGAUGACAUAGAUGUAAAUUGUUUCACACAAUGGGAACAUAUUUUUAACAAGGACCAACCAGCAGUCAAGUCUCGGAACUCAAGUACCGGACAAAGCAGCAGCCAGUCUGCCAGCACUAGUAAGCCACCCUGCAACAAAGUCAAUGUAGAAUUAGAGAGAAAGCAAGAUCCAGAUGAAGUAAAAAAGCGUGAGGGCCAUGCGGCUCGAGAUAGAGAAAACUUUGCUCCGUGGCAAGAGGGUGUCCUAGAACGGCUGAAAUCUGAAGUGGAUUGCGGAAGUUACAACAUGCUCAUCCAGUUUGGGCAGAUGUCUGCCUGUACCCCUAAAGACAAGGACUUUGUUUACGGAAAUCUGGAGGCCCAGACAGUGGAGACCGUGUGCACCUUCAAAGUGCCAACAAGCUACUGCGGUAGAAGAGCCAAACUUGUGGAUGAUAGUCCCAAGAGGAAUAAAGCGCAGAAGCUGGUGGACACCUCUGACCUUGGGGUCCUGGCAGAAGACUUGCCAGUGUCUGACAUUGUUAACACCACCUUGCUAUGUGCCCUUGAGAGGGAGCUGAAGGGUCAUGACAUAUCGAAGAUGAAGGCCCUUGAUGGGUUGUUUAUUGACUAUGGAACACAGACUUAUAAUUUUGGCUUAGAUCCAUUCUCUGAAAAGACCGUUUUAUUAGAUCUUCUAGCAGAAAAGAAUAUGAGAAAUGUAGGCCUUUACUUGGACAUGGAGAGUGAUUGUGUAAACAGGAGGCACAAUAAGAGUAAUUCCUUCUUCACGUUUUCGUGUAACCUCUUCUUCCGCAGAGAUGAGUUUGCCUCACACUUUAAGAAUGUCCACUCUGACAUACAGCCCUGCCUCAGUGGUUGGUUCCAGCAGCGUUGCCCCCUAUCUUACCUUGGUUGCACCUUCUUGCAAAACAGAUUUCGGCCUGCAGGUCUAAGGUCACAAGUCAUCUAUAGCAAACAGCUGAAGACAUUUGCACUGAGGCCGCAGGUUGAUUGCUCCUUGUAUGAGGGAGUGAGGCCCAACCUUUCAAGGAGCCAUCACGGAAGGAGCAAAGAUUCCCUAACCAGCCUCCCAUUGGAGAUCCUUCAGCAUAUUGCCGCGUUCCUGGACAGUUUCAGCCUUUGCCAGCUCUCCCAAGUGUCAACUCUCAUGAGAGAUGUCUGCGCCAUGUUGUUGAAGGAGAGGGGGAUGGUUCAUUUGUUCUGGGAGAAGAAGACUUACUCACAUGGGGGAACUUCAUGGAGAUGUCGGGGGAAGGUCUGGAACUUCAGCAGCCUCUUCUCUCCUGUCCACCGCUGGAAGUUUGAUGAUGUCUCUUCCAUAUCUGAGCAUCUGAAGGUUUGUCCUUUCAAUUCCCUGGAGCAGAAGAAUGAUCCAAUCCAGCUCCCCAGUGUGCAUGGGCCUCAGCAGCAGAAGGAGAGCUUAUUAAACGUUAGGAGGAAACUGUAACCACUGACCCCUGAUGGAAGCGCUCACUUAGGGAGGGGGUUAAAGGCACUAGAGGAAACUAUUAUUUACUGUAUAAUGGAUACCAAGUUACACAUUUUGGGGUCCAUAUUCUCUAAAUCACUUGAGGGUGAGGAAUAAUCCUGAAGAAUAUUAUAACAGUUCUAAGACUGACAUGUAUUUCUCCUUUGCGUUCCCAUUCCCAGUAUAACCCUGAUGUCUCCAGUGACCCCUCCCGACAUAUUGUCCGUUGAAUGUGUCCUCUUCUCCUCACCUCUCCGAUUCAUCCAACCUUGCGCCAUGGGCCUCAGUCCAGUAUCGGCUCAGACCCUUCUGUUGAGCGGUGCCACAUUGGCUCAUGCAGGGUUUGUUGGGAAGAGGAUUGGAGAAAGUGACCAUAGAUACCUUGCAGAGAAGCCAAAUGUACUUAAUAUCCAGAGGACAGUCCUAGAAAUAACUAAUUCACUGUAAAGAAGACCACAGGAAAUCUAAAAUAAAAGUAGGCAGAACAUGAGCAAACAGCGAAUGAAGUUUAAUGAGAAAAGAGUGGGUAUUCCUUAGGGCAGGGGUAGGCAACCUGCGGCUCUCCAGCUGCUGUGGAACUACACAUCCCAGCAUGCCCUGCCACAUGUGUAAAACAUCCUAACAGCAAACCUGUGGUAGGGCAUGCUGGGAUGUGUAGUUCCAUAGUAGUUGCAGAGCCACAGGUUGCCUACCCCUGCCUUAGGGUAACUGGGGGGAGGGGCUUAGACUUGGUGCAAAAGAAAAGGGAGGAGCUAUCACAGAUGACAGUAUUCAAAGGUGACAUCAUCUCCUGCCCAUUUGGACCAGAUUGUGGGGGGGAAAUGCCAGAUUCAGGCAAAGUGAUAUGUGACUGUGUAGUUGUCAGUGUCCUGGGGGACAGAUGCCCGGUGGUAUGGACCCAAGGUCAUGGAGCUGAGAGGAGGAUGGUGUUCAUGUAGAGACCUCUCAGACUACAGUUAGGGCCACACAUAGCGGGUCCCCUUUAGCGGGACUCGCUUGGCUGGAGAGUGCACAUGGGCACUAUGCAGGCGCCCACACAUGUGCGUCAGUCCCGCCACCGCCAGUUCGAACCGCAGCAUGCUGCGGUUGGGCCGGAUGACAUGAAAAUGGGAUUUCAAUGUGAACACAUACAUGUCAAUGUAUGUGUUCACACAGUGCGUCUGUGCCGGUUCCCGCAGAACAGUAUCCGUGUGAACACAGAACCCCCUCCCGGCCAAGCGGGUCCCGUUCAGCAGGACCCGCUCGGCCGCUAUGUGUGGCCAUAGCCAUACAGAGGCAGCGGCCAUUUUUAAUAGUGAUGAUUCAGGACCUCUGGGCCCCACACAUACUGAAGACAAUUGAUGUUUAGCAGUCUAUUCAUGAAGCAGUGAUAAGAGUGGAGAAGUUGCCCAUGGCAACCAAUCAGCAUUGAAGUAACAUUUAUAAUAUGCAUACUAUACAAUUGUACGGAGCAGCUGAUUGGUUGCCAUGGGAACUUCUUCACUGGCUCACUUCUCCACUCUUAUCAAAAAUAUUAGUGAAAAAUAUUAGCUAUAAUUAAAUUAUAAAGAGAGUUAUGUAAAUGACGUAGAUUGGGUAGACAUAGUUAAAUAUAUGCUGUGUGUAUAUAUUUGCUCAUUGAAGUAUGUGAUCUAAAUGCUUCCUCCAUUUCUGUAUUAUUACAUUUAUUUUCAGCGCUAUAUAAAUAACCGGUAAUAAAUAAAUAGGUGUAACCCGUGUAAUGUGCGGAAACAA